CAGCGAAAAGAAAGGAGGAGCAAAAAAAAAUCGAGAAUCGUGUGAAAAUUUUCACCCGCUCGCAAGUGUGUAACUUUUCCAAUUAAUUUUAAUUGGAAUUAAUGAAUAAUUUAGCGACAGUUUGUAACAACAGUAUCGUCGCGGGUAAGGUUUACUGAUUUUCAAAGUGCAAUAUGUCGUACAAUUUAGAGGAGAUGAGUUGGUCAGAUGUUCGGGAUUUGUUCCGGAAGUGGCGUGACGAUAACGAGCGCAAGAGUGACGAUGUGAUGCAGCUGUGGGACGCGAUACUGUGCGAAAAGCAGGGCAAGUUGGGCAACGAGCGUCACCUGGUGCUGGAGCAGGUCAUGAUUGCGGCGUUGGAUUGUAACCGGACGACGGCAGCGGAGGACUGCAUCCGGGUGUUGACGGCGGAGUUCCCGGGCUCGCUGCGCAUUCAAAAAUACAAGUCGAUGCUGCUGGAGUCGCUGGAACGGUACGACGACGCGCUGGACGUGCUCGAUCAGAUCAUCAAGAAGGACGAGACGAAUGCGGCGCCGCGGAAGCGCAAGGUGGCCAUCUACAAGGCGCAGGGCCGCAACGGGGAGGCGAUCCGGGAGCUGUGCGACUACAUGAAGCGGUUCAUGUCGGACCAGGAGGGUUGGCACGAGCUGUGCGCGUUGUAUCUGGCGGAGGGCGAGUUUGCGAAGGCGGCGUUCUGCAUGGAGGAGGUGCUGCUGCACAAUCCCCACAGCCAUCUGAUCCACCAGCGGCUGGCGGACAUCCGGUACACUAUGGGUGGCCUCGACAACAUUGAAAUCGCUAAAUCGUACUACAGCCAAGCAGUCAAGCUGAACAACCACAACCUGCGAGCACUUUACGGAUUGUUCCUGUGCUGCGGCCACAUUGCCAACUCGAAGGCCACCACCACCAAGCGAAAAGAGGCCCAAAAGCUGGCCCAGUGGACCAUCGCCAAGAUCCAGCAGAGAACGGCGGCAGCCAACUCCGCCAAACCCGUCAAGGGGGAGAAAAAGCCCAAAGACGAGGUGGCCGCCCUGGAGCAAGCCUUCGGCGGGCUGGACAUUGCCAAAGCAAAUUGACCCGUCUCCCCGUUUUCUCGAGAACCGCUUGUUUGCUCGUUUUAUUUUCUAGCUCAAUUUCCGGUGGCAGUAGGCGGCCGAUCUUUACUUCUCUUACACGCGAAGUACCCUAACCGUGCAUUUUAACUCGAUCUUGACGGAGAAUUUUGUGUUGUACAAACGUGUGCAUGUUUCGUUGGAGGAGUUCGCGGAGAAGGAGGCGAGGCACGUUAGCAUAUCAUUUAAAAAGUUUGGUCUAGGUUUGGAGUCGUACUCUUGCGAAAGUAAUUUCAUCUGCAUGCGAAAUAAACAAAUCUCCCAUUAAAAAAAAUAGUGUCAUCCAUUCGAAACUACAUCAAAAACAAAAAAAAAACGCGGGAAGUAGUGAACCGGAUUGUGGAGAGUGAACAACCCGACUAACGAUAAUCAUUUGGAUGUUUGUUGUGCAGCAAAAUAUGUGUACGCCGUAUAAUUGUAGAAUGUGUUAAUUUUCACAUUUUAAAUAUAACAAAAAAACGGCAAAAAGUAUGUAAUGGGAUAAGUUAGUGAGUAAUCAUUUGAACGGCAAGCAUUUAGGAACGAACUUUAAUAAAGGAUUUUUUUUCACAUUAGA